CCUGGAGACAGAACUACAAUAAUAUUUUAGCUCAUUUUUUCCACCUUGCCCAAUCAAAUUUAGUUCUUUUUAUUUUUCAUGCAAAUAAUGAAUUCUUGAACGAUGCAGAAAUAAGGAAAGAGUUUUUCCCGGCAAUGCGGAUUGAGCGUGUGAGUUCCUCUCUGAUCUAGGAAAACAAACAAAAAUACAGAAAAACUACAGUGUGCCUUAAUAAUUCCAUCCCAUUCCGCGCCCGUUGUCGCCGCGGGCCGCGGCUAAUCGCUCCAUCUCUCUCCUCCCCGCACUAGUUCCCUGUCUCCCCUUCUCCCCCCGCCGUUGCGUGCGUUCCCGCCAACUUUUCCACUUUUCCUUGGUGCGCGUAUGCCACAGCGAACCAGAGGUGACCUUGCAGGCAGGACGGCCAGGAAAACGAAAACGCCCUGAGACGGACUUUGAAACAUUUGCAUUCCGGCCGUUCGAGGCGGAUUUUCGGGCUCGCGGAUUCCCACACGCGGCGAUGGUAAUCGGACCAGCAGCACUGACCUCAGACUCGCGAGCUUUCGAGGGGGGUUUCCGACGUCCUCUCCGUGUGCGCGGCCGGCGGGCGGCACACACAACGUGCAGGAACCAGCCCGGCCGCCCAAUGGACGAUGGGCGAGGCGGGCGAGGCGGGCUCCUUCGGGAACCAGGAAUGAAAGACCGACACGAAAUAUUCCAGUGAGGAAGGCAGGUGUGGCAAGUCGUGGUUAAUGUGUGGUGUGUUUUGGACAACUUUGCGGCAGUACUGCUCCCGAACUAAGGCACUCCGUAGCAAAGGCCUGCUAAUAGGAAGGUCUAAAGACCACCGCCCCGUCGAGGGAGUUCGAUUUUCCGCCUGGAAACCAACUUGAUGGCAUUACUGCUCGCAAACUAAGGUGGACAAUCGCACUCCGUUUACUAGGGUACGCUAAAGGAAGGUCCAAAGACCACGCACCCGUUGAGGGAGUUCUAUUUCCCUCCUUGGAUUGGACACAGUGGCUGAUGUGUACACCUGGUUUUUAAUUAUUUUUCACACCGAGGGUACUGCCAUGAGAAGGCCCCUUCCAUUUGGAGGGGGGGGGGGGACGUGGGUUCGCUUGGCGUCGCUAGACCGGUCCCCCGGCUGGAGUAGCAGCGGCCCGCCGCCGGGGUUCUCAGUCGAAACUGGCAACUGUUGCGACGAAGACGAAGACGCUCUUAGUCGUUGCCUCUCGCACUGCCUCAGCCCUCACGGCCCUCACGGCCUCACGAUGGUGGCCCCGCCUUGCGCCGAAGCCUUCCAGAUGCCGGUGGGGUGGAGGGCGACCGCGGACCAACGCAAGAAGGUGCUCGCCCACCUGGGCACGGACGAGGAGCGCCUGGACGCGGACGCGAGGAGCCUCCGGGCGUGGUUCAACAUGCAGCCUCACCUACCGUUCCUGCCAGAGUCUGAGCUCGUGAUGCUCAAAGCGUACCUCCUCAACUGCAAGAACUCCAUGGAGAAGAGCAAGAAGGGACUCGACAACUACUUCACGGCGCGCACCGUGCACUACGAUUUCUUCGGCAGCUACAACAUCAACGAGGAGGAGCUGGUCAAGUGCACCAGGACCAUAACCCUCAGUUUAGCAAAGGACCUGACACCCGACCUGACGCGUGUCAUCGUCGCCAACCUCUCGGGUGACGACCAGAGCGAAGAGGACUUCGCGCGCAUGUGCAGGCUGAACCUGCUCAAGGCGGACACCGCCAUGCGCAUGGACACGAACCUGGGCAUCGAGCUGGUCGUCGACCUGAGCUACUUCACGCCGAACCACGCCAAGCAGACCCUCCUCAACUUCGGCCUGCUCAAGACCUACUUUGCGUGCAUCAUGGGCGCGCUGCCGACCAGGAUGAAGAAACUGCACCUGGUGAACGCGCCGCCCUUCUACGCGGCGUCCUUCAACCUCAUCCAGAUGCUGCUCAAGGACAAGAUAAAAGAGAGGGUCAUCAUGCACCCCAACCUCAAGAGCCUGUACAGCUACGUGUCGCCGCGCUACCUGCCCAAGGAGCUGGGCGGCGACCUCCCCAGCUGCGACGAAACGGAAGCGCUGUUCCGGCCCGUCUUCGCCGGCUUCGAGGACCACUACGCCCUGCAGCGCACCCUCAAGGUGGACGAGUCCAGGCGGCCGGGCGGUCCCUCCCAGAUGCACGCCGAGGCCAACUUCGGCUGCGAGGGCAGCUUCCGGAAGUUGGCGCUGGACUAGCGCGACUAGCGCACUCUCCCGCGUCAAAAUGCAAAGACUGUGAUCGUUGUCCAAAUUUGGGUCUCAUCAUCGCGUGCAUGUAGAUUGGCUCACUUCGCCUCCACCGGUCUUCCGGCCCUCUGUGCUUCGGUUCCACAAAUCACUUGACCGACGAUACGCACGCAACGGAAAGUGCUCGUCAUAGGAAAAGGUGUGAGCGUGUCUAGUGUGUGAUUGAGUGGUAGCGUUUACGUUAUUCCUCCAUCGUCGUGUUUUCUCAAAUCAUCCAUUUGUAAAGAAUAUUAGUUAACAAACCGUGCAGGACUGAUCCCCAAAAUGCUGGCCAAGCAUAUCGUCCUGCUAUUAGUCAGUAAAGUUAGAAUAAGGCAAGCACGCUUUUAGUCAUAAUACUGUGUAGAUUUAGUAAGCACAACAAAUAUUCUUGUCAGGACUAACUGUUAAAUAAAUCCUCCAACUAGUUACUGUUUA